AGAACUGAAGACAGUAAAGUUAGCAAUCAAUUUUUAAUUUUUCAUUUCACAAGCGCUUUGUAUCAGCUUUAGGCCAACUUCCAUUUCGGUGAAUCCGUGACAGACGCGACGUUAUUAGUGUUCUUGUAUUGUUUUGCUUUCGUCGGAAUCGUUUUGUUGUCGGUCUGGAAUAUGAAUGAACCGGAAGCGGAAAAGGCGUUGAUUGUAGGCCUAUGAACCGAAAAUAUAACAGUGGCAAUACCAGCGAGAAAUAAUGCCCCUGUAACUAAUCGACGCUUUCCCAAGAGAGACGCUAGAACUUCAUAUGACUUAGCUAUUUUGAAACAAUCGACUUGUACUUGCGGCCCAAAACUGCCAAUCAUUGAUCAAAUAAUUAAUUUUCAAUAAUGGAUGGCUUUUGAAUCAGUUUUCAGUAUAAAGAUGUAUUAGUUGCAAGAACUACAUGUACAUUAGCGUCUACUUUUAUAGGCUUAAGUUAGGAGUGAAAAGACUUAGGGCUCAAAGCCCGAAAAACACCGCAGUUUCAAAGUAAGAUAUGUUGAUAUCUUUAAAUCGAAUGUCCUUAUUUUAAUGUAUGUUUGAUAUUCAGUAGCUGUUUUCAUUUGCAAAGCCCCAUACAAGUCACCAGACGACUUAAAUGAUUUGGUUCAAGGCUAGCAAUCUAAACGAGAACCAACCGAUGCCAUUUUCAAUGUUGUAUUCAUGUUGUUAGACUCUACAAUUUAUGAAUUAUAUUUAAGCGCUCCAUAAAUUGUAUUUAAAUGAUCCGAUGUUCUUGUUUCGAGUAUCGAAACGCCAUCAACAUGAUCCAACUGAAGAAUUUGUCUGGCCUUGUAUAAAACUCUCCACUUACAUAAAUAAUACGGCGAUUGGCAACUGAUUCAAGUAAAAUGCUAAUACUACUUUAGUAUUGCAGGUGAACAUGAAACAAUCCAUCCUUUUAACAGUUGGAGUGAAUUUUAAUGUCACAACUCCGUUUUCCGGUUAGGAGCGUUUGUAGGUUCAUUGUGGAAAUUAUAUAAACAGUCGCAAUUCAAUGACCUCACCAAUGGGCAAAUGUCCAUGUGGACAGUUGAGUGUAUUUAGAGCCAACCAGCCAAUUUAGCAAAUUAAUCGCACCUAACGCCCGUCCGAAUAAAGACUACUGGUGUUACUGCAACAACUGCGAUAGUGUUUUCUUAUUAACAAACACCAGUUUUUGGGGCCAGGAAGAAAUUAUGAAAAAGCUUGAAAAACUCACCAGUCGAUUAUCUUGAAAUUGAUAAAUUUUCUGUUUUGAAAGAAAUCAUUAUUCCUCGAACAGAUUUUUAAUGGGAGUUCUUCUUAUUCCACGAUUUGGCAAAUGAUGUGUCUAGACUAGUUUUUCCGUUUUACGCUUUAUCUUUGACAAAUAAGAAUCGGUUGCGAUCGUAGCAAGUACAGAAUGUGUGUUUAUCCAGUGAGGCCGAAAUGACGCCGGAAAUUCGUUCGAUGGCGAUUUCUCUUAGAAUCCUUCCGUGUGCUUAAAGCCGGGAAGUUCGUUGAUCGAUCUACUCACUCAGCUACUGAUCAUUUAACUUCCAAAACACCACAAGCAUAGUGAAUAAAUCAUAUUGUAGUACUUUCAUUCACUAUUGGUAAAUUAUCUUCUCUUCAUCUUUUCAGUGGUCUCUCAAGCCUACACAUCUAACGUAAUGGAUGAGAGUGUCCUAAAAGGCAAUACCGCAAUAUUAAAAUGCCAUAUUCCCAGUUUCGUUUCGGACUAUGUAUUCGUCAUAUCAUGGUUGCAAGACGAUGGUCAUGAGAUUCUAGCUGAUGGCGGUCCAUACGAUAGCAAAUACUUAGUAUUGCCGUCGGGCGAAUUGCACAUUCGUGAUGUAGGCCCUGAGGAUGGCUACAAAUCCUAUCAAUGCAGGACGAAACACAGGCUAACCGGAGAAACGCGACUUAGCGCUACCAAGGGCCGACUGGUCAUCACUGAGCCUGUUGGCACUCGAGCCCCGAAGCUCACGCAGGCCGAUGCCAAUUUCAAAGUUGCCUUCCGACCUGCGGGCUUGAAUGUUCCGAUUUUGUGUCAAGCUCAGGGGUUCCCCGUUCCGUCCUUCAGGUAAUCAAUGUUCAAAUCAAACUAGUUUUUCCGUGAUUAGAGCCAGUUGGCACCAGAGCGCCCAAACUAACUCAAGCAGACUCAAAACUGAAAUCUGUUGAAAGAGAGUCUGGCUUUGACGUUCCUGUGCUCUGCCAGGCGCAAGGAUUCCCCGUACCUUCAUUCAGGUAAAUUUGCAUAGACAGGCUAGACAUCUUUGCCAAGCGCAGCAUCCUCCACCUGGCAUUUGCCCAAGUUGAUCCAACUCGUCUUGGAUACUUCAAGGUUA